UGCUAGACUCCGUUUUGGGUAACUAGGUAUUAACAAGCCUAGUGUUCUCAAAGUAUUAAUUUGCAGCAACAAAUGUAGUAGGGAAUCGUAAAUAUGCAUGUGACUAAGUCUGAUUGCAUCAGUCGGCUUAUUAAUCGUCGCCCUGUAGGUACCCAUUCACCAUGCGUCCGGCACAACGCGCGGUUUUUACGAGCCCGUUUGUCGACUGUUGUGCUCAGGAUGAGAUCACUGCAGCAGUCAUCUCAUGGCAUCUAUUUUAAUUCUACAUAACAGUUGGCAUUGGUUGUGUCACAACGAGACGCCAGUGAUGUAGGCGUUUAAAUAAGUGACCGUGGCCCCGAUUUACAAAACGCGUUGCAUCGAUUGUUUGAGUUUUUUUGUCACUCAAUAAAAUUCUCACAGACACGUGCUCCUCCAAAGACUGUUAAACAAUUACUGGAGUUUUGUUUUUGAAGUGAAAUGUAUCAAGGGGUAAAUGUAUUAUGUGACGCUUGCAAUGACUGGAACAUAGAAAUUUAAUUUCACUUGAUGCAAGAUACCUGAUUAACUCAACCGUUACAAAUUACUACAAAAACAGCCAAGAUGAAGCAACUCGUCAAUAAGAACCUUAUAACGCUAAAAUGCGUUCUCUUCUGCUUUCUCUCAGGUGUGGGCUGCAUAUUCCCGUUUCUGCCACUACACAUGCUGUCAGUGGGUCUAGACAAAGGAGAAGCUCGGCUCAUAUCAGCCAUCGCACCAUGCAUUGCAUUACUCGGCCCGGCCGUAUUGGGGCCUCUCAUUGAUAAAAUGUCUGUGGGCCGAGGCUCGACCGGCGGUGGCACAGGCCCCAGCGGGUCUGGACGUCUUUUGCGUUUCGUCACCGCCGCCUGCCUCAUCCUCAGUGCUGUGUUCUAUACGCUCCUUCUCUCUGUACCCUACACGGAGCGACAUGAGGCUCGGCGACCUCAAGUCCUAUUCAUGUGCGAUGAAGAUAGUGCUUAUGUCAUGCAAGAAGUGUGCAAAGAGGACAUGCGAUGCAACCGGUGGUCGGGCGAAAAGUCAGGAGUACUGGCGGUGACAGCAUGCGAGUAUGGAUGCGCUGACGAAAACAUGACAUGGGUUAGACAACCAUUUACUACCACGUCAACAACCACAACACUUAGCCCUAUGUACCUGAAUAUCGCCAAUGCUACGACGGAAUCGCCAGUGACUGAGGAAGAAGAGGUGAUGCACUCAAUGCCUUUUGAAGUGAACCCUCCUCACUUUUGCUACAACGGCCAAUGUCUGGUGUACAUGCAGCAUCAGGCAAGGCUCCGCGUGCCUCUGUCUUUGGUAGCACCUGAACUACCCGAUAACGAAACGGAAUCCGUUGAUUCUGAUGCCUGGUGCACAUAUCGAACAGCUGGCCCAUCAAGCUGUCAGGUUCCACCCAACCGUUUAGCAGAAGUAACUACAGAAAACCAAGAGUGUAGGCCAGCAGUACGCUGCCAAGUGCUGGACCCUUACGACGAACCCGACGGUGUUCUUGCCGACGCCGAAUGCCGACUUGUGAUUGGAGACCCGAGCUACACGUUUUGGACUUAUUUGUUUAUUAGGAUUCUAGCAGAUAUUUGGCCGACAGCAGGACUGGCACUUCUCGGAGCAGCCUGUGUUAUAGCUACAAGAGAAACUUCGCUAGGAAGAGGUGAUGUUGGCCGACAGCUUGCGUUUGGCACCCUGGGACUCGCCAUCUUCCCUCCACUGGCCGGACUAGCUGCACAAGAAAUGCCAGACAAUCCUUACCUCAUACCUUUCGUUUUACACGCAGUGUUCAUGGUCAUUGGGGCACUUAUUCUCCUUUUUGAUAGUCACAUGCCGCUUUCCACUCCCGAAUGGUGGUGGCACACAGCAACAGGAGUACUGGCCAUGCCUAUGAACACGGUGCGACGAUAUGGAGCCGAAACCGCUGCGGUUUUCGCCGUGGUCGCACUACUUGGCACCCUGUGGAGUGGCAUCGAUGCCUACCUACCUUGGACUGUUCUGGAACUGAACGGUACGAUAACCGAGAUGGGGCUAACGCUGACCGCGGGAGCGCUGCCGGCUGUGCCCGCCCUCUGGUGGGCCGAAGCCCUCGUUGACUACAUUGGACAUUCCAACGUCUUCAUCAUGGCAUUCACUAUUUACGGCGUCCGAUAUACUGGUUUGGCAUAUAGCGCUGACUAUUCAUGGGUUGUUGUAUGUGAGGUCCUGGAAGUAUUCACAUUAAGCUUGGUCUGGGUGACAGCUGUAUUAUAUUUCCGACACUUGGUACCGCGAAAGUACACAGCUACAGGACAGGCUCUACCAGUUAUCGCACAUUUCUGUAUCGGUCGAUGUAUAGGGGCAAUAGUAAGCGGCAUAGUAUCGCUGGAGCGGCCACUGGAGUCAGCUCGAGACGUGUACCGUGCCCUGGGCGUGGUCGCGUUGCUGUCCGCGGCAGUGUACCUCGCACUUUAUCACCUGCUCUUAGCCCCGAGAUGCGGUGCCCCUGCGGUCUCACCGCCGAAUCACCUUCUGCAGGGUUUAAAUUCUAACGGAAACUCCAAUGGCAACUACUCACCCAUGCGAGUCUACCACGAAGAGCGUUCCCGGAAAGGCCAAUUCCGUUACUAAAUGUAACCUUCCAACAAGUCGACGAACACAAAACUCAAAAGCAACUUUGUGUGUUGAAAUAAAUUAUUAAUAAAAAUUGAAAAACUUCCAAAUUGCCUAUGGAUUAAUACCCAAAAGGUGUUUAAAAAUUUAACGUUGUCAAGUGUACCUUUCCUUGUAACUAUCAAUGCAAAUAGAUGUUUUUCAUGUUUUUUAGUGUUAUUAAUAAUUGUCAUGUGCCUAGCAUAAUAUGUUUUUAAAUAAGUAUGUGUCUUAUCAUAAUAAUAAAUAACUAGAUUUAAGUCAAUGUACGUAUCAAGUCUCACAAACAGCUUGAAAAGCCAACAGUGAGAAGAAUCAAUAUCGGUGCUUAUAGUUGAUGGAUGAACCAAAUUAACACUCAAAUAGCACUUCAUUGAUCACGAACUUGAAUUGCGGAUGACCAUUAGCUCCACGUAUAUUAUUUUAAUUGACCUCUGUACCAAUAGAUAGAUAUAUAUUUUAUUAUCAAGCUAAGGUAUGUCGCCUAUGGUUUUUCCAUAAGUAGGUAACAGGCCCCGAUUCCGCUAUUUAUAAUGGCCGGUGAAUUAAUGGAAAUUAGAUUAAAAUGACAGUAUUCGUAUUCUCCUAAGCAUUUUCGCACACAAUAAUUUGAGAUCCAGUAUGGGGCGGAACAUUUACGGUCUAUACAAUUAAUGCAAUUCCCAUUUAUUAAUCAGCCAUUGUAAAUAGCAGAAUAAGGGCGAUGAUAUCUAAUAUGAGGUCCUAGAAUUGAUUGAUGUUGUUCUUGGAGACUAGUAGUUAAUAUUAUUUUAUCCUUGAAAACAUAUCCGAUAGACCACAUAAGUAAACAAUUGUGAUAUUUAAGUGCUUUUUGUAUGAUUAGAUGAUGUUGUAAUUUAUUAUUGAAAUUAGUGUCCAACAGUCUCCGGUUUGCAUUUGUACGUAUUUUAUAUGUAAUUUUUUUUAUUAAUAAAGUGAUUUCACUGCCUCA